CCCAGCUAAUUUUUGUAUUUUUAGUAAAGAUGGGGUUUCACCAUGUUGGCCAGGCUGGUCUUGAACUCCUGACCUCAAGCGAUCUGCCUGCCUCCACCUUCUGAAGUGCUGGGAUUACAGGCCUGAGCCACCGUGCUUGACCUGGACCUUAUUCUUUUUUUUUUUUUUUUGACAUGGAGUGUCGAUCUGUUGCCUAGGCUGCAAUGCAGUGGCACGAUCUCAGUUCACUGUAACCUCCGCCUCCUGGGUUCAAGCAGUUCUCCUGCCUCAGCCUCCAGAGUAGCUGGGAUUACAGGUGUGCGCCACCAUGCCCAGCUAAUUUUUGUAUUUUUAGUAGAGAUGGGGUUUCACCAUGUUGGCCAGGCUGGUUUCAAACUCCUGACCUCAAGUGAUCCACUUACCUUGGCCUCCAGCCUGAGCAACAGAGUGAGACUCAAAAAAAAAAGUUUACAUCAUAGUUGGAGAGAGAGAGGCAAAAAUCAUGUAAGAAAUAAAUAUGAAAUCACACCUUCACACGGGCAGUGGAGGAAAAGCAGAAGAUCUUAGAGGUAUUUUGAGGGAAGCUAGAAGUUAAAAUGUUCCUUUGAUGACGUGGGAAGAGUCAGUAGCAGUCACUAGAGGCUGUUGUUUGAAAAAGGUGGCUUGGGGGCCAACAUGUUGCUUAUGGAGAUAAAUGUCCUGUAAGGGUUUUGAUUGUGGCCGCUCUGCUGGAGACCCCCCAAAAUGCUCUGCUUCCGUCCUCACCCCUUCUUUUACCUCAGUGUUUCUUUUAUUGCAGGGAGGACACUGACUGAGACCUCAAACCCUGGCUCCAGUGUCAUGGAAUCAGUCACCUUUGAGGAUGUGGCCGUGGAGUUCAUCCAGGAGUGGGCGUUGCUGGACAGCGCACGGAGGAGCCUGUGCAGAUACAGGAUGCUGGACCAGUGCAGGACCCUGGCCUCCAGGGGAACUCCACUAUGCAAACCCAGUUGCACCUCCCAGCCGGGGCCAACAGCAGAGCCAGGGGCAACAGAACAAGGGAUUUUCCAUGCCACGGGUGUUGCCUGGGAAUCUCAACUUAAACCCAAAGAGUUGCCUUCUAUGCAGGAUCUUUUGGAAGAAGCAUCCUCCAGGGACAUGCAGAUGGGACCGGGGCUGUUCCUGAGGUUGCAGCUGGUACCCUCCAUAGAAGAGAGGGAGACAGCAUUGACUCAAGAGGGCCGGCCAGCUCUCCAGGAGCCGCCUUGGUCUCUGGGAUGCACGGGACUGAAGGCUGCUGUGCAGAUUCAGAGGGUGGUGAUACCAGUGCCUACGCUGGGCCACUGCAACCCAUGGGUGGCUGGGGAUUCUGCUGUGCCUGCACGGGACCCUGCCUGGCUUCAGGAGGACAAAAUGGAGGAAGAAGCUAUGGCUCCUGGGCUGCCAACCACCUGUUCACAGGAACCAGUCACCUUUGCAGAUGUGGCUGUGGUGUUCACCCCAGAAGAAUGGGUGUUUCUGGACUCUACUCAGAGGAGCCUGUAUAGAGAUGUGAUGCUGGAGAACUACAGGAACCUGGCCUCUGUGGCUGAUCAACCAUGCAAACCCAGUGCAUUGUCUUAUUUGGAAGAAAGAGGAGAGCAGUGGACCACCGACAGGGGCAUCCUCUCAGACACCUGUGCAGAACCUCAAUGUCAACCCCAAGAGGCAAUUCCUAGCCAAGAUACUUUUACAGAGAUCCUGGCCAUUGAUGUGAAAGGGGAGCAACCUCAGCCUGGAGAAAAACUCUAUAAAUAUAAUGAACUUGAGAAACCUUUUAACAGCAUUGAACCACUUUUCCAGUACCAGAGAAUUCAUGCUGGAGAGGCGUCCUAUGAAUGUCAAGAGAUUAGAAAUUCCUUCUUCCAGAGUGCCCAGCUAAUCGUGCCUGAGAAAAUCCGUAGUGGGGAUAAAACCUAUGCAUGUAACAAAUGUGAAAAAUCCUUCAGAUACAGCUCUGACCUUAUCAGGCAUGAGAAGACUCAUACUGCAGAGAAGUGCUUUGACUGUCAAGAAUGUGGGCAAGCCUUCAAAUAUUCCUCGAAUCUCCGGCGACACAUGAGAACACAUACCGGAGAGAAGCCAUUUGAAUGUAGUCAGUGUGGGAAAACCUUCACGAGGAACUUUAACCUGAUUUUGCACCAGAGAAACCACACAGGAGAGAAGCCCUAUGAGUGUAAAGAUUGUGGGAAAGCCUUCAAUCAGCCAUCAUCCCUCAGGAGCCACGUGAGAACUCACACUGGAGAGAAGCCCUUUGAAUGCAGCCAGUGUGGGAAAGCCUUCAGGGAACACUCUUCACUGAAGACACAUCUGCGAACCCAUACCAGAGAGAAACCAUAUGAAUGCAACCAGUGUGGCAAGCCCUUCCGGACGAGCACUCAUCUGAACGUGCACAAGAGGAUACACACAGGGGAGAAACUGUAUGAGUGCGGGACUUGUGGUCAGGUCCUGAGUCGUCUUUCAACCCUGAAGAGUCACAUGCGAACUCACACUGGAGAGAAGCCCUAUGCGUGCCAGGAAUGUGGGCGAGCCUUCAGUGAGCCCUCCUCCCUCAGGAAACAUGCAAGGACUCACAGUGGCAAGAAGCCUUAUGCAUGCCAGGAAUGCGGGCGAGCCUUUGGUCAGUCUUCACAUCUUAUUGUACAUGUGAGAACACACAGUGCCGGGAGACCCUAUCAAUGUAAUCAGUGUGAGAAAGCCUUCAGGCACAGCUCCUCACUCACUGUACACAAAAGAACCCAUGUGGGAAGAGAGAACAUUAGGAAUGGCAGCCUGCCUUUAUCCAUGUCUCAUCAAUACUGUGGGCCCCUUGCUAAUUAACUUCCAUUUUGUAAAAAUAUAAACACAUGGGGCUAUGACUUUCCCUCAUAAUACUCCUUUAGCUGCAUCCUGUGUUUCAAUGUAUAAUAUUUUCAUUUUUGUUUAAUUGUAAGUAUUGUCUUAACCUCCAUUAUCAUUUAUUCUUUGACCCAUCUAUUAUUUGGAAUUAGAUUUUUCAAAACUAAUAUGUGGAUGUAUUUUCAUAGAGGUAUAAUGACUUAUAGUGAAAUGCAUACAUCUGAAGUGUACAGUUGGAUGAGUUUGACAGAUGCAUACAUGCAUGUAACCAACACCCCAUUCCAGAUACAGAAUGUUUCUAUCUUUCUGGAAGGUUCCUGCAUGUUAUAUGGCUAUUUCUUAGUUGCCUUUUUGUUGUUGGUUUCUAAUUUAAUUACAUGGUGAGAAGAGUAUGUGGCCUGUUUGUUACUGAGUCGUAGGUAUUUGCUGAGAUUUGCUGUUAGGUCUGGUGUGGCUUAUUCUUCUAGCUGCCAACCAAAAUUGCCCCUUCCUCCUCAGAAAAGAACCUGGGUUUUCUGUUCAGAUUGGUAGUGUGCACCAUUAAAAAGCUUCCAUCUCCUGGCUGGGCAUGGUGGCUCAUGCCUGUAAUCCCAGCACUUUGGGAGGCUGAGGCUGAGGGAUCACCUGAGGUCAGGAGUUCAAGACCAGCCUGGCCAACAUGGUGAAACCCCCUCUCUACUAAAAAUACAAAAAUUAGCCAGGUUUGAUGGCACGCACCUGUAAUCCCAGCUACUUGGGAGGCUGAGGCAAGAGAAUUGUUUGAACCCAGGAGGCAGAGCUUGCAGUGAGCCGAGAUUUCGCCACUGCACUCCAGCCUGGGCAACAGAGUGAGACUCUGUCUCAAAAAUAAUAAUAAUAAAAAAAAGCUUCCAUCUCCCAGCCCUUCUUGCAAGCAAGGGCAGGCCAUUUCCUCUGGUCCUGGCUAGUAUGAAUAUAAGAAGUCACUGGAUGUGACUCUGGGGAAGAUGUUGUGUUCAGGGAUGGUUUCAUGUAGCCACAUCUCUCCACUUCCUGCCUUUUGGACAAGCAGACAUGAUGUCUAGAGCUAGAGGAGCCCUCCUGUGACCAUAAGGGUAAAAGCCACAGGCUAAGAAGAGUGUGGCCGGAAGUCAUAUCCAUCUUGCUUCUGUAAUCUAAAAAAUAUUUAGGAUAUAUUUAAUAGAAUUGGCAUAUUUCUGUGAUUGCAGCAGCCCUGGACUAUUUAUUUCUGGAUGUCCCAUACAUGAAAAAUACGCCCUUCUUACUGGUACAAUAUUUUUUUGUUUGUUUUUGUUUUUGGUGGGAGGUUUAUUUCACCUGAAUAUAAUUCCUAACUGAUGCACUUAGCAUAUGUCAAUUUUUAUAAGUGCUUCAUGGAUGGUUGAAAUCAAUGUAUUGUAUUCUACAAAUGUCUGCUAGAUCAAACAUAUGUGUUUAAAAACCAUCUACACAUUUAUAAAUAUUGAUCUGUGAUCUAGCAUUUAUUAAGAGAGGUAUGUUAAAGUCUCCCACCAUGAUUAUGUAUUGCUGAAAAAUCUUUGUCAUUCUGUCAGUUUUUAAAUUUAUGUAUAUACAUACAUAUAUAUAUGUUUUGAAGCAAUGAAAUUAAAUAUAGAUACUGGCAUUUUUUACAUUUCCAACAAAUUGUUACUUUUAUUCUUAUAAAGUGAUCAUCCUUUUCCCUAUUUCUGAACAUUCAACCAUUCAUUAUAAUGACAGUAAAUACUUAGAGUUUACUAUUAAUAGAUAGUAGCCACUGCCUGAAGCUUUGCAUCUUUUAAUUUAGUCCUCACACUGACACUUUGAGGUAUGUACUGUUAUCAUCCCCAAUUCACAGAUGAGGAAGCUGAGGCCCAGCAAGUUAAGGUGGGCUAUCAAAGUCAUCUGGGUGGCAUGUGAUGGGCCUGACUCUCUCUACAGUGGCAGACCCAGGGGACUAGUCUCCAUUUUUACUUGUUCUUUUUUGUUCUUUUUUUGUUUUUUUUGUUUUUUUUGGUUUUAAAGUUCUCUUAGGUAUAACUUACAUAAACGUUAAUAAAUGUUAGGGUACACCUUGGUGAAUUUUGUAUAUGUCUAUACCCACCACGGGCUCCAUCAAAAUAUUUUGUCAUCCCAGAAAUUUCCCUUGGGCCCUACCUAAUCCUCAAAGAUUACCACUAUUCUGACUUGUAUCACCAUAGAUUUGUUUUUCCUGUUCAUGUAAAUGGAUCCAUAAACAGCCCUCUUGUGUCUGUUUUCUUCACUUAAUAUAGUGUCAUUGAGAUUUAUCUAUGUUGUAUUAUCAGUAGUUUAUGCUUUUUAAUUGCUGUGUAAUAGUCUAUAAUCUGAAUAUACCACAAUUUAAAAAUUCUAUUCUGUUUACAAACAUUUGAGUUCUGUCCUCCAGGUUCAUCCAUGUUAUCACAAAUGACAGAAUUUCCUUCCUCAUUAAGGCUGAAUAGUAUUCCAUUGUGUAGCUAUACCACAUUUUCUUUAUCCAUUCAUCCACUGAUGGACAGUUAAGUUGAUUCCAUAUCUUGGCUAUUGUGAAUAAUCCUGCAGGUUUUAUUGUUAUAAAUAAAGCUGCUGUGAAUGUUCUUGUUACGUCAUACUGUGGACAUAGGUAUUCAUUUCUCUUGAGUAUAAAUGUAGGAAUGGAAUUACUGGAUUUUGGAGGAGACCUAUCUUUAGCUUUAGUAGAUCUUGCCAGACAGUUUUUCAAUGUGGUUGAAACCAUUUAUACCUCAAUUUGUACAUCAAUGAAUGAAAGUUUCAGUGCUUCACAUCCUUGGCAAUGUGUGGUACUGUCACUCAAAUUAAUUUGAGCUACAUUAGUGGGUAUGCAGCAGUUUCUUAGGUUUAAUUUGCGUAUUCUUGAUAAGUAAUGAUGCAGUGGUAGAUGGUUGCCACAGUGACUUCUAUCCCUCUGCGUAUAUCUCUUCCAUGUGACUUUGCAGCUCCUCCUGUCAAGAGGUGGAGUUUAUUUCUCCAAACCUUGAAGAUGAGCUUGGUCAUGUGAUUUUCUUUGGCCAAUGGAACGUUGACAAACAUGACAGAAGCAGAGGCUGGAAGAACACACAUUGGGCUUUUCCUUCUUAGUUGUGACCAUUUGUAUGUCAUCUGUGGAAAAAUGUCCAGGUCCUUUGCCCAUUUUUAAAUUAGGUUUUUGUUGUUGUUGAGUUGUAGAAGUUCUUUACAUAUUCUGAAUAUUAACCCCUUAUCAGAUAUAGAUUUGCAAAUAUUUUCUCCCAUUCUAGGGGUUACCUUUUUACUUUAUUAAUUGUAUCCUGGUGUAGUCCAACUUAUAGAUAUUUUUUGUUUUCUUUGGAAGUCAUAUCCAAAAAAUCAUUGCAAAUCUAAUGUCGUGAGGCUUACCCCCUAUGUUUUCUUCUAAGAGCCUUAUUGUUUCAGCUCUUGCAUUUAGGUCUUUGAUAUAUUAUGAGUUAAUUUUUGUUUGUUUGUUUGUUUUUGUUUUUUUGAGAUGGAGUCUUGCUGUGUUGCCCAGGCUGGAGUGCUAUGGUGCAAUCUUGGCUUACCACAACCUCCACCUCCCUGGUUCAAGUGAUUCUUCUGCCUCAGCCUCCUGAGUAGCUGGGACUACAGGCGUGUGCCACCAUGCCUGGCUAAUUUUUUGUAUUUUUAGUAGAGAUGCGGUUUCACCAUGUUAGCCAGGAUGGUCUUGAUCGCCUGACCUUGUGAUCUGCCUGCCUCAGCCUCCCAAAGUGCUGGGAUUACAGGUGUGAGCCACCACGCCCAGCCGAGUUAAUUUUUAUAUAUGGUGUAAGAAAAGAGUCCAACUUUAUUCUUUUGCAUGUGCAUAUCCAGUUUUCCUAGCACCAUUUGUUGAAGACUGUCCUUUCCCCAUUGAAUAGUCUUGGCGCCCUUGUCAAAAUUCAUUUGACUAUAUAUAUGAGGUUUUAUUUCUGGGCUCCCUACUCUAUUCCAUUGGUCUAUAUGUCUGUCUUUAUGCCAUUACCGUACUGUGUUGAUUACUGUAGUUUUACAAUAAAUUGAAAUAAGCAAG